CUUGGUUGUGCCUGUGCUGCACACACUCUCCCUUUGUCUUCUCGAGCCUGGUUUGGGCGAAGACCGAGUUCGCGUUCUUCACUAGUUACUUGCUGCGUUCGAGACUUGGCGCCAAAACACUAAAACCUUUGCUUUGCUACAGUCCAAUCUCAGGAUUGCUUGCCAGGAGUCUAUUGCCACUCAUUACCAAGAAAGCACUGCAUCUUUGCCAGCUACACAGUACUUCAGGUUGUAAUACACGUGCUCACGCGACGCAAAUUUCAAGCAUCCUCAUUUUGCGCAUUCAAACUUCAACACCAUCAUGUCCUCCCUCUUCCGGCUAGCACGGGCUUUUCGGCCCAGAACAACGCCAUCCACCUUCUUCCAUUCCAACACAGCUCUCGGACGGACCCAGAAUCUCAAACACGCCCGCUUCUACACACCCCGGACUCCACCACCCAGAAUCCCAAUCCCAACCCCAACCACCAACCCCGUCGCCGCAAAACAAACGAUAAUCUACGCCCUCCUCGGCAUAAACACCACCAUCUACGGCUACAGCAUCUACGCCAACGCGCUAGCCGAGCAAAACUACCCCGCAAAAAUGUACGCCUUCAUCCACAACAUGACGCUGAACCUGAACGCCUUCCGCGACGAAAAACGCUACUGGACAGCCCUAACCGCCACCUUCACACACCUGUCCCUCACCCACUUCGCCUGCAACAUGUUCGUCUUCUACACCAUGGGCCAGUUCCUCGUGCGCCUGCCCAUCAUCACACCGGCCCGUUUCCUCAUCAUCGUCUUCGGGUCGGGAUUGCUGGGCUCGGCGGGCUAUCUGCAGAAUCGCGCGCGCAAGGUGCCGGCUGGGGCUUAUGAUCGGUCGAGGGGCGUGGGGUUUUCCGGCGCGUUGAUGGGUAUUACGACGGUUGCGGCGUGUUUUUAUCCGCAUGCUCAGAUGAUGCUGAUGGGGGUUAUUCCUAUGCCGUUGUGGGUUCUGACGCUGGGGUUUGCGGCUGUGGAUGGGUAUUUUCUGAAUGAUGAGACGUCGAGGAUUGGGCAUGCGGGGCAUCUUGGGGGCAUGGCGUUUGGAGCUGCGUAUUAUCUCAUCAGGUUGCGGGGGCUUAGGAUUUGAGUGUAUGUGUGUGUAUAAGUUUGUGUGUGGUUGGUGGAAGAUAUUGUGUAUUCUACUGUGAAAUAUGCGAAAUGAUAUACAGU